AGACCUGGUACUGCUCCCUUACGCGACCUUCCGUCCUAAAAGCAAUUUUGUAAACUGGGUAUUCCAAUCAUCGCACGAUUUCUGCAUAUAUCUUCCAGAACCUUUACUAGGCAAGUGAUCAUGGCGCUGGAAGAAGUAUCUAGUGCAAAAUGUUUUGGCGGAUUACAGAAGGUUUUCAAGCACAAAAGUUCGGAACUGAAGUGUGAAAUGAAAUUUGCUGUGUAUGUCCCUCCUCAGGCAGAGAAGGAUAAAGUCCCAGUGUUAUAUUGGCUAUCAGGUCUAACAUGCACUGAGCAAAACUUCAUCACAAAGGCUGGUGCUCAACGCACUGCAUCAGAACUGGGUGUGUUGAUUGUGGCUCCAGACACAAGCCCACGAUCAUGUGGCAUUGAAGGCGAAGAUGAUAGUUAUGAUUUUGGAACUGGUGCUGGUUUUUAUAUUGAUGCAACUGAGGAAAAGUGGAAGAAAAACUACAGAAUGUACUCAUAUAUCACAAAAGAGCUUCCAGCUUUGAUUGAAAGUAACUUUCCUGUUCUGUCAGGCAAGCAGUCCAUUUUUGGCCACAGCAUGGGUGGUCAUGGAGCUUUAAUAUGCUUCCUCAAAAACCCAGGAUUUUAUAAGUCUGUUUCAGCCUUUGCACCUAUCUGCAACCCAGUGCAAGGGGCUUGGGGACAGAAAGCCUUCACUGGAUAUUUGGGAGGCAACCAGGAGGCAUGGAAGGAGUACGAUGCCACUGAACUAGUGAAAGGUUAUGAUGGUCCUCCACCAGACAUACUCAUUGAUCAGGGUGUAGCUGAUGAAUUUUACCCAUCUCAACUGCUUCCAGAGAACUUUGUUGAGGCUUGUAGGUCAAAGAAUGUACCGGUGACCUUGAGAUUGCAUGAGGGCUACAAUCAUAGUUAUUACUUUAUUGCAUCUUUUGUCGAGGAUCAUAUCAGACAUCAUGCAAGAUAUCUCAACGCCUAAAGAGAUUGUGAAGGGAAUGUGAAACUAUGAUAUGUCAUCUUAGUUAGAUUGAAGUAAAAUACAAUUUUCGUAGAACUGUCAA